CAUUAAAGCCUUUACCUGUGCAUUUAGGAUUUCCCAUGUGCAGAGGACCCAACAACCGCUAUUUAAAUGUCACCAAGUGUGCUUUUAAAAGUCUCCCAAAUUUGCUAGCAAAAUGUGAACGAUAGCUUAAGGUCGGAUGAUCUAUUGCUUUUACUGUUUUCUUUCCUCUCCAGCGGGCUCCACCACCAGGGAGCCAGGGGCCUUAGGGGCUCGGACGCCCCGGGGUCCGCGCACCCCGCUCAGACACUUGGGGACGCACGGCGCCCCGCGGGUGGGGUGGCCCAGGGGUGGCCCGGGCGCGGUUCCGGCCACAGGGGUCAGCCGGGUGGGACGCUCUCGCGCGAUCCCGGGGGCCAGGGCGGGGCCGGCGCUGUCCCGCGCUUCCUGCCACCCCGGGCCACCGCUCCGCGCCUCUCCGCUCCGGGCCAUGGCGGCCGUGGCUUGGGGACGGUGCCUCCCUCGGGUGUGGUUUCGCAGGAGGGCCGGGCCUGGCUGCGGCCGCCACUACCGCGCCGCGUUCUGCGCCGAGCUGAAGCAGCCCCUGGCCAUCGAGGAGGUCGCCUCCCGCCCCGUCCGGCCUCACGAGGUCAGAGUGGACGUCCAUUUCUGUGGAGUUAAUUUUGCUGAUAUUUUGGUCUGCCGUGGUCAGUAUCAGGAAAAGCCUCAACUUCCCUUCACACCUGGAAUGGAGUUUUCGGGGACAGUAUUGGAGACAGGCACAGAUGUCAGCACAGUGAAAGAGGGAGAUCGAGUUAUUGGCGUGAGUGGCUUUAAUGGUAUGGCUGAAGAAUGCAUCAUUGAUCACAAGACACUGUGGCAGAUUCCAGAAGGGGUCCCCCUCCGAGAAGCUGCUACCUUGCCUGUGUCUUAUGUCACUGCUAUUUUGGCCUUGGAGCAUCGGGCCUGUACUCGGCCUGGAGAAACUGUUUUAGUGACAGCAGCAGCUGGAGCCACAGGCCUUGCAGUGAUAGAUGUGGCAACAAAUGUUCUUCAGGCUAAGGUAAUAGCUGCAGCCGGAAGUGACGAGAAGUGCAGGCUGGCGAUGCGGAAGGGUGCACAGUCCAUCGUGAACUAUAGUCAGGGCAGCCUGAAGGAGGCAGUGAGGAAGCUGGUGGGCAGUGAUGGGGUGAACGUGGUCAUCGACGCUGUGGGAGGAGAUGUCUUCCUGGAGGCUCUCCGCAGCCUGGCCUGGGAGGGCAGAAUUGUGGUGGUGGGUUUUGCUGGAGGAACCAUUGCUUCUGUGCCGGCCAACCUUCUGCUCCUGAAGAAUGUCUCUGCUAUGGGGCUGUACUGGGGCCGAUACAAAGAGCAGAACUUUCCCGUCUUCUCCAGAAUCCUGUCCUCUGCUCUUCAGUACUGCCAGCAAGGGCGCAUCCAGCCACACAUCGGAGCGGUUUUUAAGCUGGAGGAGGUCAAUGAUGCCUUCCUUCAUGUGAUACAGCGCAAAUCCAUGGGCAAGGUGCUUAUCUCCCUGAAAUAAACCCUCACCUCAGCAGCAAAUUCAGCAUGUCCAAAUCUAAGCUCCUCAUCUUUCCAAAAAACCUCCUUUGCCUCCAGUGUUUCUAAAGGUGUAACCGCUUUCCUGAUUAAUCCAGGUUCAGAAUCUUUUAGAGGCAUCUUCGGUUCUGUUUUCUUAUUCCUAGUAAAUAGUGUGACACAUACUGUAUAGUCCUACUUUGUCUGUAUUGGAGAGGGAAAGGAGGCUGUUAGUAAUUACACCAGGCAAGCAAGGUGUCCCAGGCAAAGCAGGAUGUAUGGCCGUUCUGUUCACAAUGCCUCAGUAGCCGGGUUCUGUGAUCCCCACCUCUCAAGAUAUCUCUCACCUCCGUAUCCUCUUUUCCAUUCCAACCAAUUAUGUUUCAUCUGCUAAUUCCAGUAACUUUCUGACUGGCUUUCCAACCUUUAAACGUCCCCCACCCCUCCGUCCUUGUGGUUAUACAUUGUUGCCAUGGUGACCUUCCUAAAGUACAGCUGUGACUGUGUCUCUUCUCAGAAAACCUGCAAUGGCUCCCCUUGGUCUACAUGGUGGAGUCCAGACUCCUCAAGCUAACAUUUCUUUGUGUCCAUGACCUUGCCAUGCUCUGCUCUGCAGCCUCAAGUUACACAAUGCCUCUGGUCCCUCCAUGUGUACUUAGAUUUCCUGCCAACCCCCCUUUUCUCUGCUCAAGCAGUUUCCUCUGCUCCCUUGUCCCUGUCAAACACGAACCUGUCUGACUUCCAAGACCGACCUCUGCCAUGAGCCGGCCCCCUCAGGAGGCUGGUCAUUUCUUCCCUUCCACCUUCCUGUAGCUUUUUCCUUGGGAUUUGUCACAUUCUGCCUGGCACCAGAGGGAGCAGCAUGUCUAGUAGAAUGAACACAGGAUUCUGAAUCUAAGAUGUGGGUUCACAUCCUGGUCUUACCACUUCGGAGGUGGUUACUUAAGGUCUGUGAGCCUCCAUUUUCUCAUAUUACAAUAUCUACCUCACAACGUUGUCGUGGGCAACACAUGCAGCAAUUGGGCAAAUUAUCCGGUGCGUGGUGAGCUAUUAGCAAAUGCUGGUUACUUUUACUUCUUUCUUUCCUCCUUUCCCAAGGUAGCAUAAGUUUUUUGAAAGAGGGUACCAUGUCUGAUUCACCUUUGUACCUCCCACAAUUCCUAUCACAAUGAGUAGUAAAUACGCCAUAAAUGGAAUUGAUUUUAAAUGGUCUACAAGUCUUAAAUUGUGGGAGUAAGUUAAGAAUACGCCAGCCUGGAAACAAACCAAAUGUCCAUCAACAGAUGAAUGGGUGGAAAAAAUGUGGUGUAUACACACAACAGGAAUAUUAUCCAGCCCUAAAAAGGAAUGAAAUUCUGACCCAUGCUGCCACAUGAUGAACCUUGAAGACGUAGGCCAAGUGACAUAAGCCAGUCACAAGAGGACAGACAUGGUGUGAUUUCACUCCUAG